AUGUAUUCCCCCAAGUUGACGCUUCUUCUGCCGAUGCUGCUCUUGACAUUCUUGGCUUCUGUCUGGAGUUACCAGAUCGAAGCAGGAGAGCAGCUCUGGCAAUAUGGUCAGCCAAUCGAAGAAGGGAUCAGAAACCUUCAUUUGAACAUCUUUUCUGCUCUCCGACGCAAUGGUGAAAACGCGAUCAAUCCGGACGCCAUGGCUGCGCAUAGGUUUUUCCGUUCCCUGCAACAGGACGGAAGACUGGAAAGCACGGCUAGACCCGUGACAGGCGCCGAGUGGAACCGCUGGUAUGCCGCUGAAAUCGAGCGUAUUCAGACGCCCGAAGCCAGAGCUGCACGCGCCGGAUCCAGGAGCUGA